AUGGGCGUCAUUGCAGUUGCUGGAGGAACCGGUGCCAUGGGACGCACGAUCGUCGAGGGUCUUGUUCGUGAUGGGACUCAUCGCGUGGCCAUCCUCGCGAGAAAGACCAAUCCUGAGAAAGAAGCUAAAAUCGGCGCUCGUAUUGUUGCCGUCGACUACUCUGAUUCUGAUCAGAUCAGCACUGUCCUAGAGGCGAAUUCGAUCGACACCGUCAUCUCGACUCUUAACUCCUCCUUUGGCAUCGAGUCCAAGCUUAACCUCAUCAGGGCUGCGAACCAGUCAACCGCGACGAAGAGAUACGUCGCAAACGUGUGGGGCAUCACUUACACCCCAGAGGAGUCAAAGGUGUUCCCCGCUGCAGAGGGAAAGGUUCAAGCGAUGCAAGCUCUCGGAGCUUCCUCGCUCGAGUGGACAUGUUUCCUGACUGGCUUUCUCUCUGACUACUUUGUUAUGCCUCGUGGCAAGUCGUACAUGACACCCUUGGUCGUUCUGGUCGACAUGGUUCACAACGUCGCUGCCAUUCCAGGCUCUGGCUCAGUCCCUGUCGUAUUGACGUACAGCUUCGAUAUUCCCAAGUUCGUGAUCCGAGCUCUCGCUCUUGAUCACUGGGAAAACGAGAUGUACAUCAUCGGGGACAAAAUGACUCUCAAUGAAGUCGUGGCUCUGGCAGAGGAAGUCAAGGGAACCAAAUUUAGUGUCACACACGACUCUAUGGACAAUCUUAAAGCUGGGAGGGUCACCGAGCUUCCGUCCCAUGAGGCGUAUUAUCCGUAUUUUCCUAAGGAACAAAUGCAGGGCCUCUUGGCUUUCUUUGGCAUCAUGUGGGAAUCGGGGAAAUGCAAUCUUGAACCUGCUUACACCCUCAAUCAGAGAUUUCCCGAUAUAGAGACGACCAGCGUUCGUACGUUGUUGGAAUCUGCAUGGAAGGGGAUCUAA